CGGUCGUUUAUCGUGAACGCACGGUUGAGCCACGCCGGUCGUCCACUCGAAUGCGUUGCUUCAGUACAGUCGGCUACGCUUCUCGACAACGGGCAGCCAACGUCGUGGCUGCCUAAAUAGUGUAUCCUCUAUGCUGCUUCCCAAUAAACGUGUAUUAAUUCAAUUAUAAAUAAAUUUAAUAGAUAUUCCUCAUUUGAUUAAUUAUGGAACAAGUGAUUAAUAUUUUCUAUUAACGGUCAUUGUUGGUCUAACGUGAUAAUGUUUCGUUUUAUUUUUACCAGAGGUGAUUUAGUGUGAAGUUAACUUUCCAGUUGGAUUGACAGAAAUCAAAAUGUACGCUACUUCAACGGCUUCAACUACGACAUCAGGGUCGGGACGGGCAGCGGGAGUGGCUUCAACGGAGCGCCGAGUGCGAGUCUUGAGGUUGCUACGCCCCCGCAGAUCUACUCCCGCAUUUGGUUUCUCGUUACGAGGUGGGAAAGAAUAUGGCUCCGGUUUCUUCAUUUCGAAAGUAGAGUUUAAUUCGGAAGCCCACCUCCAGGGCCUAAAGGUCGGUGACCAGUUGGUUAGCGUUAAUGGAUAUAGAGUAGACGAUGCAGUCCACGGAGAAUUAAUUCACUACCUCGCUUCUCAAUCCAGACUCAAAAUUAAAGUGAGACAUAUUGGCAUGUUACCAGUCAAAGAGAAAGGACACGAAGCUCUAUCGUGGCAAUUCGUGUCGGAACGUGCAUCGCUCGGGUCCGACGUGUCAUCUUCUCCAACGCUUUGUCAUGACACGGAAGGACUUGUGGAUCUACGCCUUUCAAUCUUGGUUCCACCCCGAGCCAAACUCGGUUGUGGGAUUUGUAAAGGACCUGAAUGGAAACCGGGGAUAUUUGUUCAGUUUGUAAGGGAAGGAGGGAUUGCGAGAGAGGCAGGAUUACGUCCAGGUGAUCAAAUAUUAUCCUGCAAUGGCACAGAUUUCGGCAAUAUCGCCUUUAAUGAGGCUAUAACGGCAAUGAAAGCAACGGGACGCUUAGAACUGGUGAUACGCGAAGGCGCCGGGACUGAACUAGUAUCGCCGGAGAGCUCAGGGUAUAACAGCUCCGCUUCGUCUGCGGCGGGAGAGAGAAGUCCCGCGCCCACGCCGCACGUACCGCUCGCACCUCCUGCAGCUUUACGCCGCCGUCUCGCGAGCGUCGCUGAAGAAGCGGCCGAUCGCGCCGACAGGCUGACCAUGAAUAGACUGAAAAGACGCACUUGGGACAGCUUAGAUUUCGAUUGGAAGCACAAGGAUAUUCAUAACUUUGAUGCUCCCUCCGAUAUAGAACCCGAUUACGAUUGUCCAAGCAUACCAAACAAUCCACAUACGUUUGAAAAUAAAGCAAAAACUAGGAAUAAUAAUAAUAACAAAAGUGUUAAAGAAUUUGUAACGAAUCCAUCGAAUAAAACAAUAAUUAAUUUAACGGAAGACGGUGCAACUAUACAAUGUAGUUACGAUAGUAAUCAGUCUCCAAGGAAAAGUACUUUUUCGUUGAAUAAUGGAGGCAGAGGGAACGACAAGAAGACAAUCGUAGUUGAGCUACACCACACCAAUACUACAACAUGUGGGAAGCCGGCUUGUAAUAACUUUAUUCCUCCACCUAUGAUGGAGGCUAGUUCAGAUAGUACCAGUGUUUCAAGCACGGUAUCUUUAUCAAAUGCUAUUGCAGAAGAAAUAUUAAGAAGAAAACAGAUGAAAAAAUCUACGAACACCGAAAACGUUCCCCCUCCUGUUGUGCCUAAAAAAAUAGUAACAAAAACUGUUGACAAUGACAAGAAAAAACAACACGACGCUCUCAUGGACGAAUUUAAAAAAGUGCACAGGAAAAUGUUUGCUAAUCUGGAUAUUACUGACAAAGAAACAGCAACGCAUAACAUAGACAAUAGCGAUCCAAUGGACAGACAACCUACUUUGCCGCUCAAGAAAACCGAUCACCUUCCGUUCGAGGCUACAAAUGAUCCUCCAAUACCCAAACGCGAAACUACAGAGGAUCCACCGCCUCCACCACCGAUGCCAAUAACAAACGGUCUACAAAACGGAAACCAUUUGGCGAAAGCUGAUAACAUAUUAAAGACAGUUUUAGACCUUAAAACUUCAAAUUGUAGAAAAAACGGUACUCUAACUCGAACUCCGACACCAGACUACGUCGACAAGGCACACGUUCAGCUAAAAACUGUCAAAGACGAAAAAGCUGAACUAGAAUCACUCGAAUCUUAUAAACUUAAGAAUCCCGUUAAUGUCGCACCAAAGCCGCCAUCAAAUUAUUUCGUAAAAGCACCAAAUGGAACUACGACCAUGAAGAAAAAUGCAAGACCCGUGUCAGUAACUAUAUGUGAAUAUUCAAACAACGGCAACAGUAGACGUGAACCAACGAAGUUAGACUUUUUAGGUACUGAUAUGCCAGAUGGAAUUUUAAGCGAUGGGAAUGAUAUACCUAUCACGAACAGACUGCAAUCAGAACUAGCUUUAACUUUGUCUAGAUCUAAUUUACGUAAGAAAACUGAAGCUUUGGUCAAAUCCAUAAGUGGAAAUAUUAAUUUGAAUUUUGAUGAUACCGGUAGUGACAGUACAUCUAUAGACAAAAAUUUUCAUGCCAGAUAUGGCAACAAUCUCUUACCCCUACCGCCUUCGAUAUCUAUACCUAAAGUAACAAGCAAAAUUGAGAAUUGA